GGCAGGUGAUGGAGGAGCCGGCGGGGCCCUCAGACGGGGCGGGGAGACGAGAGGCCGCUGCGCCCCGACAGAUAAUGUCAGGAGGACAGCCGAACUGGGAUGUACUGACAUGGUACCUGAAAAUAUCAAAAUUAGCCCUGGCCCUAGCUGUAAUUGGCAGAAGACCUCCAGGGAAGAGCAGCAGAGAGCAUGCAGAGCACUUGGCCAGAAACUUGUGUCACAAGGAGGUGAAUUGGAAACGAAAAGCAGAGGCUUGGAAAGCUGAAGUGUUACACCUCCGCCAGGAAUUGUUGCUGAGCCGAAUGCGCUCCAUGCCUGGGUUACCCAGUGGUAUUGGAGAUAAAUCUGUUUCCAGUUUGGAAACUCCAUGUCAAGAUUCUCUGAUCUCCAAGAAUGAUUUUUGUCAUCUAGAAGAUUCUGGUUGUGAUCUAACUAAUGGACAAGGAUCUGCUGAUACUCAAGACCUCUUAGUUAAUCAUGGCCUGGGACAUCUUAAUGCUUAUCUGUUAACUGGUAAAGAGGCUAUGGUAUCACCCGAUGCCACAUUGAUAUCUGCUGGAUCAAACCCUGCCAAAAAGGAAGAAUCACAAGAGAAAGAAAAAAUGCUCCGUCUUCACACACAGUUUCUACAGAGCUUAAUAAGAAUUAAAAAGCUAACAGCCGAUAGAACUCUGACAGCAGCAUCAUUGCUUCCAGGCAGUGAUUGCUCGGUAGUGACAGAUUCUGUCUCACAGGUUGCUGAGAGUUUGCUUGCUUUUUGUCAGAAGCCUAGAUAUCCACUGUCAGCUUCUUUGCUGAUGGAAGUAACACAGACUUUGGUCUGUCUGAUGGAUGAUGCUACAUUGCCAAAGAUGGUUCUUGCGCAUUGCAUGAAGAGGGUGGAGGAGCUCAUGAAGAAGUUCAUAAAAGUCCUUUUGGUCAACUCAGAGGUAAAUAGGUUCCAGGAACAGGAGUUGCGAGCUGACAUUCUCAUCGUAUUUGGACAAUGCCAGUUAUUGAGGAAUCAAGUUUUUGCUGCUCUUCUCUCAGGAAUUAACGCUUUUGCAGAUGAUCUCUGGCAGAUCCAUCAGAACCAAACCGGGUUUGAUGUAUCAGCCUACGAGAAUAUAUACUAUUUAUUUUGGGUGUUCGAACAGCUUUUGCAGCACAAGAAGCCAGAAGAGAGUGGAGUCAGCAUCAUAGAUUGUGCAGAACAGAAGCACUUUCAGCAGAGAUUAGAUAAGACAAUACUUCACCUCGCAGAUGAUUUCCCUCUGUUUGCAGUGUACAUGUGGCGACUGGGAGUUCUGUUAAACACUCCUUCACAGUCAUGAGCCAGCUGAAACAUCUUUCUAUAAUUUAACAUAUUGUUUUUACCUGUUUCAAACCAUUAAUGUGCUUCUUAAAUUUAUC